AUGGUGAGAGUCAGCGUUUUGAAUGAUGCUCUUAAGAGCAUGUACAACGCAGAGAAGAGGGGCAAGAGACAGGUCAUUAUCAGGCCUUCGUCCAAGGUCAUCAUCAAGUUCCUUAUCGUUAUGCAGAAGCACGGUUAUAUUGGAGAGUUUGAGUAUGUUGAUGACCACAGAUCUGGAAAGAUUGUGGUUGAACUCAAUGGGAGGCUGAACAAGUGUGGGGUUAUCAGUCCUCGCUUUGAUGUUGGUGUCAAGGAGAUUGAAGGCUGGACGGCUAGACUUCUUCCGUCAAGACAGAUGGAACUAUUGAUUUUGGAUUAUCUAUUUUCUUGA